GCGCGGAGGUUUACUUCGGUGAAUGAAACGACAGUGAAAGUGAACUGAGCUCAGGGGAAAUUAUCUAAACCGUUGUUGUUGUUUUCAGAAGUUAACUGAAUAACUAAGAACAAUGGAUGUCACGGCAGAGGCCAAGCAGAUCAUGGUCCAGGCGUUGAGUAAAAUAUACAGCUCGCGCACGCAGCGCGGUGGACUCCGUCUCCACCGGAGCCUGCUGCUGACGCUCGUCAUGAAAUCUGCACGGGACAUCUACCACUCUGCCCGACUGACCAGCGAGAAAGAGGUGCAAUCUGACACAAACGGUGCCACGGAGAGCACAGCACAAGCAGAAGAGCCCAUGGACACGGCGAGCUCCACGCCUACAGCUCUGCGCUCGACAGAGACACAGGCUACCGAGGACGGGAAGAGCUCCGGAGUCGAGGGUCACUCACAGAUACACGACCCCGCAGGACUCGCAGUGGAAAAAGAGAACUGCAACCCCGCCGGGACGGACCGUCACUCUAGAAAGCGGCGGAGCAAAGGAGCCACAGACCCUGACUUCCUACCAUGCAAGAAAGCCAAACUGGAGUUCGCGGAGGUCAGAGGAGCUCUCCAGGCGACCCAGAGUAACUCCAACUGCGGCAGAGCUCUCGACUCACGGACACUCGUGCCCAUGCCGAGAACUAUUGUCACGUUUUGAAAAGACUAUAAGCGCAAUGGCACAACAGAAGGACAGCAGAGAGAGCUUUGCGCGCUGUUGAGGCGCGUGUCUGCUGCUGGAGUACUCAGGGCUCUGGACUGAGGUGCAGAAGUCAGUGGGUGAUUACUCACAGUGGAACAAUGUGACAGACGAUUACUCAUCCCAGAGCAGCUUGUUUUGGAAAUGUGUGACUAAUGGUGCUUAUUCAAACUACCGUGUUUCUCUGAUUCAGGACGUGACGCGGUACUAUUACUUCUGCGAGAACUGUGACUGAGAGAACUUCCACGGAUAUUCAUGUCCAUAACUUUAUUUUCUAUUUAUUUAUUUACCACUAAUGGUGUCUGGUUGUUCUGUGUGUGUGGUUCACUCUAUUCGUCUAAAGUGCUGUCAGGAUUGUCGAGUCAUUACACUGACUGGGGUCUUUUUUUGUGGUCUUCUUGCUGGAAAAUCCAUAUUAAGCUGUGUUUUGGAUCAUUGUAGGUGGUUUCUUACUGGUCCAAACCAGUAGACCUUGGUCAGCCAGCUAAUGGUCAGGGGUUUUCCAGCAGGUCAAUAUGACAUAAGCUACUACAAACAGACAUCAUGAUGUUAUGGUGUACAUCUACCUCACUUUUGUACAAUAAAAGAUUCUCAACCAUUUCA